CACUCUUGGCCGGAUCACUGCCGCCCCACCACAUCCAGAAUGAGCGCGCCCACCAGCAGCAGAAUCGAGCGGGACGACGAGCCGCCUCGCCCCAGUCUGGGCAUCGCCCUCAACGGCGGAGGCGCCAGGGCGCACGCGGGUUCUUGGGGCUUCAUGCGUGCAAUGCACCAUCUCGGCCUCCUUUCGGAGGCGACUCAUAUCUCUGGCGUGAGCGGCUCGGGCUGGACGGUGGCGCACCUCGCCUACUCCUCCGACCCGCUGGACGAGGUGCUCACAAUCUCGCGCCUCCCGACGCCAGCCAGUGCGCUGCCCGACUACAGCAGCAAGGAGGGGCGGGCAGAGCUCGAGAUUAUGCCGUGGGGCCGCCUCGGCGCGUCGACGUGGAUAUCCAUCGGGGACUACACCAAGCUGCGCUCCUGGACGCUGAGUGCCUCGUUCGCGUGGACCUGCUGCUGCGACCCGCAUGAGUUUUGGCUCUGGAUGAUCGACCAGAUCUACCUCAAGCCGAACGGCGUCGACGGCCGGCUCAUCACCGCCUCGUCCGAGGCGGCCGUCGAGAAGGCCAUCGCCGCCGCGCCGCGCCUGCGCCGCUCCGACUUCAUCGUGCAGCGGCCCGACGUGCGCGCGCAGCCCAUCAUCUCGUUCGCCCUCGCCGGCCCGUCGGCGCCGCGCAACUUCACGCACGCGCGCCGGGUGCAGCGGGCGCACUGGCAGGCGACGGGCGACGACGACGCGGCGGAGGAGUACGGGGACGCGCACGCGGCUCGGGCGGCGCACGGGGGCGCGAGCUUCGUCACCUUCGAGGCGACGCCGGACGAGGUGUCGACAGGGUACAAGGGGCCGCCCAUGCAGACCGACAUCUCCUGCUGCUGCCUGCCCUGCGUCGCCCUCCCGGCGCCUAGCCUCGCCGUGCAGCCCGGCACGGUGCCGAUCACGCGCUUCCUGCAGCCCGCCUCCUUCCAGUGCUGCGGCUUCCCCUCCGCCGCGCCGCCUUGCCUCUACCCGUGGAGCCUGCCCUGCUUCUGCGGACGGCCAAACACGUACUGCGGUCCGCCCGCCUUCACGCUGCGAGACGUUGUCGGCACCACCUCCUCCGCGCUCGGCGACUUUGUGCGAGGCGGGGUCGGGCGGGACGGAUGCCUGAACGACUGCCUGCUGGACCGGGCGACGGACUGGGCGGCGCAGAACUGGGCGCUGCAGCGGUACCGCGUCUCGCCCUCCUUCGACGGCCGGCGGGCGCAGGACCUGCUCUUUGUGGACGGCGGAAUGCACGACUGCUCCGCGCUGCCCGCGCUGCUGCGCCGAAAGUGUACCCGCGUCGUCCAGUUCUUCUCUGGCCCGCAACCGUACGCGACGCUCGCCGAGUCGGGCGGUGCGCUGCGGACGCCUGUCGGCGGCUUGGAGGCCCGGUACACCAACUCGCUGAUGGUGCUCGAAAACGACUUUUACGGCGUCGAGGCGUACGGGCCGAUCGACUUGGUCGUGCACUACAUGGACGCGCCGAAGCGCUUCACCGAGACGGUGCCCGACGACGUGCUCGCGCUGGGGGGCGAGACAUUCCCGAUGCUCGCGUCGGGAGGCGGCUACACGUGCGCCCAGGCCAACCUGGUCGCAGACAUGGUGGCGUGGUCUGUCCUCUCCGAGGCGGACAAGUUCCGGUUUGACGAGACGCGCACCUAGGCACGCCGGCGGGCUCCGGGGAUUGUAGAUCUUCGCCAACGUCUACGGGAUGGCUAGCUGAUCUGCGAGCCUAGGACUUAGAGCCACGUACUACGUCUACAGUGGGUUGCGGGUAUUAAGAAACCCGCUUACCAUUAAGAAACCACGCCGAGCGAUUGCGCUCGUACGAGCC